UUUCGUUACAGGAGCGGCCAGGCGUCUCACGGGAACCAGCACCGGGGGUGUCCGGCGGCUCCCAGCGGAACAGAGACUGGGCAUUACAGAACAACCAUAAAAACUGAACCAGCAUCUGAAAGCACCUGUGUGGAAAAAAGAGUGGUCAGGAAAACUGAUGCUAUGACAGAUUUCAGCUCACAGAAGAAGAGAGAAUCAUCUUUGAGGUCCAAGAGAAGCUGUGAUAGGUCAUCAACAAGGUCCUCCAGCAGAUCCUCUUGCAGUUCACGGUCCAGUUCAAGCACUUCCUCUUCAGCUUCCUCCAGGAGCUGGAGCCGGUCCAGAUCCAGAUCAAGGUCAUGGGCUAGAAGAAGCGGUUCCCGGAGAUACAGAAGAUACUCUCGUUCGUACUCCAGAAGCCGCUCCAGAUCACGCGGCUAUGCGAGAUACCAAGGAAGGUACCACGCCAGGCACUACAGGAGAUACCACCGCUCUCCUCCGAGGUACAGGUCACGCAGUCGGUCGUGGUCUCGUGGAAGAUUGUACUACAGAAGGUCCUACUCGAGAAGCAGAUCCCGUUCAAGAGGCCCGAGAUACUAUGGAUUUGGGCGAACAAUCUAUCCUGAGGCUUACAGGAGCUGGAGAAGCAGGUCCCGAACAAGGUCUCGGAGUCGGUCACCUCUCCAUCUGAGUGAAAAAGACAAGCGGGAACUCCUGGAAAUUGCAAAAGCUAAUGCUGCGAAAGCUCUGGGAACAGAUAACAUUGUCUUGCCAGCAAGCUUGAAGAUCCCUGCUCCUUCCAAAGAGAGAAAAACUGAAAAACAAGAACCUGAAGAUGCUGGAGAGUCAGCUGAGCAACCCAGAAGACUUGCAGAGGACGUGACCAAGAGCGGAAGGGAGAGAGCAGCCAUACAGAGAAGCAUUUCUUUCAGUCCCAAUAACACAAUGGCAAAACCAGUACUGCAGAAGCCAGCAGCCCACGUUUUUAAAGAACUGGCAGUUUCUCCAGCAAGAGAAGAUGACAAAAAGGGAAAUCCCUAUGGGCAAUGGGUUCCUGUCAAGAAGGAGAAGAAAAAAUUCCUAAACAUCUCAUCUAAAAAUGCGCUGUUCCGGGCACGCUAG